AUGGCAGGAUGUCCACGCACCUCCUUGGCCCUCACUCUCACCCCUGCCCUGCAGGUGAUGGAACUUGGCCGCCAUGCUAACCGCCGAUUCUUCAACUGGUUUUAUUGGAGCAUCAACGUGGGAGCUGUGCUGUCCCUGCUGGUGGUGGCCUUUAUCCAACAGAACAUCAGCUUCUUGGUGGGCUACAGCAUCCCUGUGGGCUGUGUGGGCCUGGCCUUCUUCGUCUUCCUCUUUGCCACCCCCAUCUUCAUCACCAAGCCACCCACAGGCAGCCAAGUGUCCUCUAUGCUUAAACUUGCUUUCCAAAACUGCUGUCCCCGGCUGUGGUGUCGACACUGUGCCAGGGUUUGUUUGCAUGAUCCAUUGCUGCGUAAGAAACCACCAGAANGGCGGGCGGCGGCGGCCGCGGUGCUGCUGGUGCAGAUGCUGGAGCGCGCCGCCUUCUUCGGCGUCGCGGGCAACCUCGUGCUCUACCUGAACAGCGAGAACUUCCAGUGGGCCGGCGAGCAGGCGUCGCGCGCGGCGCUCGUCUUCCUGGGCGCCUCCUACCUGCUGGCGCCCGUCGGCGGCUGGCUGGCCGACGUGUACCUGGGCCGCUUCCGCGCCAUCGCGCUCAGCCUGCUGCUCUACCUGGUCGCCUCCAGCCUGCUGCCCGUCACCGCCGUCGCCGACGGCCGUCGCUCCUUCUGCGGCGAGAUGCCCGAGGCGCAGCUGGCGCCCGCCUGCCCCUCGCGCGGAUGCCUGCGCUCCUCGCCCUCCCCGUACUGCGCGCCCACCCUCUACGUCGGCCUGCUGCUGCUCGCCCUGGCCGCCAGCUCCGUUAGGAGCAACCUCACCUCCUUCGGGGCCGACCAGGUGAGUGGCAGGAGGGCCGCCCCAGACCCUGAAGACGCCCAGCUGCUGCCUGACCAGAGGUCUCGCCAGCCUGGCCCUUCCCCCCAAGAGGACAUUGCCAACUUCCGGGUGCUGGUGAAGAUCUUGCCGGUCAUGGUGACCCUGGUGCCUUACUGGAUGGUGUACUUCCAGAUGCAGUCCACGUAUGUCCUACAAGGUCUUCACCUCCACAUCCCCAACAUUUUCCCAAACUACCCUGGCAACAGCUCCGUGGCCCUGGGAGCCCAGGACAUCGGCUAUAAGAUCCCAGAAGCCUGGCUCCUCCUGGCUAACGUGGUCGUGGUGCUGGUCCUGGUGCCUGUGAAGGACCACCUGCUUGACCCUUUGCUGCUGCGGUGCAAGCUGCUUCCCUCUGCUCUGCAGAAGAUGGCCCUGGGGAUGUUCUUUGGUUUUGCCUCCGUCAUUGUGGCAGGAAUCCUGGAGAUGAAGCGUUUAGAGUACAUCCAUCACAACCAGACUGUGUCCCAGCAGAUCGGGCACAACACGUACUAUGCAGCACCACUGUCCAUCUGGUGGCAGAUCCCUCAGUACCUGCUCAUCGGAAUCAGUGAGAUCUUUGCCAGCAUCCCAGGCCUGGAGUUCGCGUACUCAGAGGCCCCGCGCUCCAUGCAGGGCGCCAUCAUGGGCAUCUUCUUCUGCCUGUCGGGGGUAGGCUCGCUGUUGGGCUCCAGCCUGGUGGCACUGCUGUCACUGCCAGGGGGCUGGCUGCACUGCCCCCUGGACCAUGGGAACAUCAACAAUUGCCAGAUGGACCGGUACUUCUUCCUGCUGGCUGGCAUUCAGGCUGCCACAGCUCUCCUGUUUAUGUGGAUUGCUGGUCGCUACGAGAGGGCAGCUUGUAGCCCAGCCUCCCAAAGCUGUCUCAGCAGGGAUAGGGGCUGACAUACCCUCACCCACCCCUCCACGUCUCUCCACCGGAAAACAGACAGCAGCAGUCCCAGCUGGCGUUUCCUUCUUGGUUUAUUCUGUACCCAACGUUAGAAUGAAAUGGUUCCCAUAAAUAA